CUUCUGUACAGUACGUACGCGUUAUUUGCAGGAGCAGGUAGUUGACAGGAGUUCCACCCAGUUCGCAUUUUCAUUUCAUCAGCAGAGUAGUGAGAUCUGUUAUCUGUCAGUGACAGACUGUCACAUCAAAACGAAAAUCGUUCGAUAGAGUUUCCAAAGCAAGUAGAGGUUCAGUGGCUCGAUCAUUAUGGGGCCGAAGGCUCUCAAGAGAAAGGCCCCAGAUACUAACGAGAUGCCUGCUGAUGCAAAAUUACCUGGACCUGAACAUGCAGGUGGUCCCAGUGCCAGUCCUCCUUCUGAGAUAACAAGUUUCCGGGGGGACUACAACUUCCUUAGCAACUUCUUUCAUUCCCCUAUUGUUUACGACGGUCUAGAAUUCCCCACUGUGGAGCAUGCCUUCCAGGCUGCCAAGUGCUUGGAUCAAGCCUCCAAGCUUAAACUUCUUAAUUGCAACAGCCCAACCAUUGCAAAGAGAGUUGGGCGAAAAGUUUCUCUCCGGCCAGACUGGGAAAGAGUCAAAAUGGACAUCAUGCAUGACAUUCUUGCCCUCAAAUUUGCACCUAAUAGCCAGUUAGGCAACUUGCUACUGGCCACUGGAAACGCUGAACUGAUUGAAGGGAACGCAUGGCAUGACAACGUCUGGGGCUCCUGUGUGUGUCCAAAGCACAAAAAUAGUCCAGGCCAAAACAAGUUGGGAAAAUUGAUAAUGGGUGUACGAGAUGAACUGCGGUCUGGUGAAAAACCUUCCUCAGCCAGUAAUGUUUGACAUUCCUGACAUUUUACUAAACUGAUUAAAUUUUCAUUAGCUAUUGCAUUAAAUUGCAUUGGCCAUUAAUUAUUUUUUUCAUCUGAGUUGUUAGAGACUGUUGAACCAAUGCCUUUAAUGUUUUUGUGUUUUGGAUUAAGUAAAAGUAUUUUAUAAUUGUAUGAGAUUGUACAUACAUAAUUUAUGUCGAUUGGCUGUUGUGUACUUUGAUACCUGUGAUUUUGUGUACUUUUGAUAAACCAGUUUACUCGAGUUUACUGAA